AAAAGAUUCGAAAUUCUCUCGCGUUCUUAUCAUCAUCAUCAUCAUCAUCAUCGUCUCCAAUCUCGAGAGCUCGCUCCAUCGCUGUCCAUGGCCCAUGCCCAUGCCCAUCCUCCUCGGCGGGCGUUUGGAGUUCCAUUUUGUCACUCUCUAGCUCGAAUCUUAGGGUUUCGAGCACCCUUGGAGUUCUGAUUCAUCGAUUGCUGCGAUUUCAAUGGAUUCCAGCAUUUGUCUUCUGAAUUAUUCCUUCUUUUUAUCGGAUUCAUGGUUUUUGAUUUUGUCUGUAUGGAUUCCCGUGUUGUCUCUUGAUUUUUUUCAUUCCUUUCUUCAUCUUUUGGUUUUGAUUCUCUCCUUAUGUCAACCUCCAACCGGUUCUGAUGAUAAAGCUGUUGGUGAUAAGAUGAGUGGGUUUCAGUGUAUGAAAGGGAAGGAUCUAAAGAAACCAAGUUAUGGGUGCAUGGGAAGGUUAAUGGAUAGGUUUGACUCCAAUGGCAGCAUCAUAACAAACAAGCUAUUAACUGAGAGUUCAAACUCACAGUUUGAUGGUUCUCUGGUUCAUCAAAGUUGCUCAGAUGUGUUGGAUAAUGGCAGGCUUCAAGUUGAGGACGAAGUACAAAAUGAUCAAAGGAAUAGUUCAUCUGAAAAGGAACUUGGUGGAAUGCCGACAAGAUUGGCAUCGGAGAUGUCAAGGUAUAUGCCAACAAAGAAACCUGAAAAUGUUGUUGCUAGGUUAAUGGGGCUGGAUAUGAAUUCUUUACCAGCACAACCACUGGUUGUAACCACUACGAUGAAGUCACAAUAUGGUUGUUCAGCCGAUACAUCAACAUCGGUUCACCAGGGAAACAAGCAACUGGACAAGGAUCGGUACUUUGAUGCAACGUCACGAGAUAAUGGCUUGCGUAUCUAUGAGAAAGAAUUGAAAGAUGAACAACCCUGGACUUUUCGGAAUGAAAUAUCUGAUGAAACUAUAAAUACAAAGAGAAUGGCCCUUGUUCAUCACAUUUUAGCGACAAAUGGAAACUUGGUUCAGUCUAAAGAGUUACAAGAUGCAGCUGAGGCUCUAAGUUCAGAUAAGGACUUUUAUCUCAAAUUUGUUGGAGAACCGAAUCAGUCUCAUCAACUCCAGAGUGAUCCUCGGCCAAAGAAUCGGAUUGUGGUGUUGAAACCAUCAAAAUUAGUCGACAUGAAGAGUGAAAAGUAUAUUCCUGAUCCUCAGAAGCGCCAGAUAAGUGCAAGUUCAACAUAUCCAAGUUCUGAUAGUAUAUCGAAAAAAGCCCGGAUUGUUGUUUUAAAGCCUAAACAACGAAAGCCUCGUUGUGUCGAUAGUUCAGUAACUUCAAAUAUAUUCGUGCCGAAAUUGGAUAAGGGCCUUGAUUUCAUUGUUGUCAUCCAAUUCUUAUGCUAGAGAAAAUAGUCCAAUCAGUAACUUGGAAAAUGAGGAUGGUAGCUUCAAUGACUCAGACAUUGCAACUCCAACUUCACAUCAUUCUUCUGAAUACACUAACAGAUCAGAUGAUCACAGCUGGUCCCGCAAUUUGCCGGAGUUAUCUGUUGAUAGGUUGGCAAAGAAACAAAUUUCAGAUAGAUGGGCAUUACUGAUAUCCAAUCCAAUUUAUGCGAAGGAAGAUCGAGGCCAAAAGAGGUCAACAACUUUAGGCGAACUGCUCAGCUUUCCUAAAGUAGAGAAGGAAGAUGAGGGCGCCAGAGGAUUAACAGUUUCAAGCAGUAGACCAUUUGGUGAAGAGCAAGACCCUAGUUUUUCAGCAGCAUGUUUUGGUAACAUGAGGACUUUGUCAAGGUCUAAAUCUUUAUCAUCGUCUUUGGUUAAUGAACAAUGCACUGGAUUGAACACAGAGGCAUCUGAGGUUCCAUUCUGCAAAUCAAUGGUUACAAGGAAUAGUAACUCAUCUCUGAGAGGGGAAAAGUUCUGCAUUUGUUUAGUCAUUGGAACAAGAGGCAAGGAAGAGUGAAAACCAUUGCUGAUAAAAAUGAAGAUCAUGCAUGUUCUCCACCUUCAGUUGAG